AAUUCAACUCUCACAGCAUCGAAACAAAGUCAGUUUGUUUUGAUUCACCGAUUUUCCGUCUGAUUUAUCUUAAACUGUAUGAUUCGCGAUAAAUCUCGAUUUGGAUCUUUACCUCCCUCUCUUUGGAAACCGACAGUGUGAAUGACAAAAUUGGCGAUUGAAGCUGACUGACGUCGGUGAAACCGGCAUUAAAAACCCUCUGAGAUUUUUCGUCUCGUGGCAGGAAUGAGAUCGCAGGAGACCGAGAUUUGACGUUGCAAUCGCGUUGCGGCGCGUUGUGGAUUUGCCAAUAUCUAUCUAUAUCGCUGGGGGAAGAUUUUGUUUACAGAUACGGGACGGAUAACGCGAUCGUUGGCCUGUGUAGCGCGACUGUGAAUAAUAAUAGGAUAUAUUUGUCGAAGGUACCGCACGCCGGUGGUAUGUACAUCGCAGGCGUUCGUGAAUAUUCCAUCGCGGUUGCAUAACGCUAACGCGCGACGACACUUGAGCUCCGUUUGGGAGCCCGCCAGGCGUCUCAUAAAUAUAUGCACAAUAACGUAACACAGUUUAUUCUGAGACCGACGUCUGCUCAAAAUGUACCACGCCCCGGCGCCGACGUGAUCUUAUUAACGGCCGGCCGUUCGAUACAUAAUGCAGCAUCUGCAAUGCUACAUAUUUAUGCUCAAUCUCCGUACUCGCGGAUUUGCCAAAUAAAAUUGUACAACGAACCAUGUACAGCCAGAAGUAUAUUUGCAGUUUGAACUAAUAUUUACCCUCGUGUGACACGAAAAUUGCAAAUCCGAUCGUGGAUCCUCUUACAUUUUUUAUUUUUGUCUCGCGCGAAUCACGAAAACUCGGACGAAAAUCGAAUCCUGCGUGAAAAAUCAUGUAAUACUCAUAUUUUACGUUUUUAAGCCGGAACUGUAAUUUACGUGAGUACGAUGCUCUGGAUUUCAAUCCUGUCGGUGACGUCUAAUCACUCUCGUUGUCAGUGUUCGAAGUUCCUCUCUCCCCCUAUGUUUUCCUCAUACUUAUUAUAAUCUUUAUAUCUCUUUCGCACCCCCGCGUGUUUUACGUUUUGUCUCUCUGAUUAAUAAUGAAUUAACGUGUUGUAUAUAAUCACGUCUUGUUCGAGUUACGUCAAAGCGAUGUGUCACACGUCCUUCUAUCUCAAGGCUCGUUAUUUUGUCCGAUCCCCCAUAUUAAUUUAUAUUGACUUGUGCGCCAUAAUUCAUCGACUCGCAAGCAAGCAAUAAUUGCAAUACCCCCGCUCGCAGAUCCCAUGAAUAAACAACUUUUACAUCCCCAUAUUUUUUACGAGGUAUAUAAAUUUUCCAAAAGAAAGAUGUGUACAAAAUUUUAACGGAACGUUUUAAAAUAGGGGAAGGAAAGCCGAAAUCAAAUAACGAUUACGGUAUCCUCCCCUUUUCUUCAGGAGUGUCUUUCAGGACACGGAACGUGUCUCCAUGAAAUAGAUUGAUCUUCAGUUCGGUUUGAAAAGUCGAGCGAAUUUAUGUUAAACACGUUUAAAAAUAACUUUGAGCCUGCGAUGCUCAAUAUUGUCAUCUCCUGAAUCGUAUCUCGCACGCGCUAUAUUAUUGUCACCGAUAGCUCUUUUAGUCAUUUACGAAUCCAUAAUCCUUAUACGACUGAAUAACUCAAUCAAGACAGUCAUCUCAAGUAGAAUCCAGAAAUCAUAAUAAUAGUCAUAAGUACGUCAUCACGACCUUAUUCGUCGCUUGUAAGUUCAUUUUUAAGUGUUAAAUAACGUCACGACGAUGACCUAUGAUAUAAUUAUGUAACUCAGUGUUCUACCUGAGAGAUGAAACAUUCCUCGCUACUCUCAUUAAUGCCUUCUCCCAUGAUUCGUUGCGGUGCGCACUUUGGUUUCAUCCCUCUAUAAUUCUAUACGCUUGCACACCUUAUCGCCUUACUAUUUGCCUCUUUCUUUUUCUUUCCUCUUCUCUUUUAUUUUCUUUCUUUCACAAAUCGCCUCCGUCCCCCUUUGUCCCGCUCUAUAUUUUUCUCUGACUUUCUGUUUAUCCAUCCGUGCAUAUAUCUGUCUGUCUGUCUGUUCCGUCCAUGUGUUGUCUGUGUGUGUAUACGUGCGACGAGCGGCAUUAAGUAAUAUGCACUACGGGAGAGAAUGGAUGGAGUUGUAAUAAAGUAGUGAAGAUAUGGACGUGAGAAUCGCGUAUGGAGUUCUGGGGGAUCUCGCGAGAUCUUCCAGAGAGCGGGCUCAACCGUCGUGAUUUAAAGAGAGUUACUUUUGUUUUCACUCCGGCCUCCUUCAGGGAAUCUGGCGAGAAUCCUGAGUUUAUGAAGAGGCAAGAACAGAAAAGAAGCGACCUAGACGAACAGCUCAAAGAAUACAUAGCGGAAUGGCGAAAGCAGAGAGCCAAGGAGGAGGAGGAGUUGAAGAAAUUAAAGGAGAAGCAAGCCAAGCGCAAGGUCACCCGUGCGGACGAGGAGAAGAGACUGGCUCAGAAGAAGAAGGAAGAGGAGGAACGUCGCCAACGUGAAAUCGAGGAGAAGAAACAGCGUGACAUCGAAGAGAAGAGAAGGCGUCUGGAGGAAUCGGAAAAGAAGCGACAGGCUAUGAUGCAAGCGAUGAAAGACCAGAGCAAAGCAAAGGGUCCAAACUUUACCAUCACCAAGAAAGAUCUUUCGGGUAAUCUUACAUCGGCGCAACUUGAACGUAACAAGACGAAAGAACAGCUCGAGGAAGAGAAGAAAAUUUCCCUUAGCAUUCGCAUCAAGCCGUUGGAAAUCGAAGGUCUGUCCAUUGAUAAGCUCCGUGUUAAGGCUACCGAAUUGUGGGAGGCCAUAGUCAAACUUGAAACCGAAAAGUACGAUUUGGAAGAGCGACAAAAGCGUCAAGACUACGAUCUUAAAGAGCUGAAGGAACGUCAGAAGCAACAACUGAGGCAUAAAGCCUUGAAAAAGGGUCUCGAUCCCGAGGCUUUAACUGGCAAAUAUCCCCCAAAAAUCCAAGUUGCCUCGAAGUACGAACGUCGCGUCGAUACCAGGUCUUACGACGACAAGAAGAAACUUUUUGAAGGUGGCUAUGACACGCUCUUAGCGGAGACCAACGAGAAAACGUGGAAACAGAGAACAGAACAAUUUAUGAAGCGCACCAAAACGAAGUUACCUAAGUGGUUCGGUGAGAGACCGGGCAAGAAGUCUGGCGAUCCCGAAUCACCGGAGGGCGAGGAGGACGUGAAGGCCACCGUCGACGAUGAUCUCGAGGAGCCGCAAUUCGAUGAAGAAGAGGAGGAGGAGGUGAAGGAAGGCGAGGAGGAGGAGGAGGAGGAAGUCGAAGAGGAGGAAGAGGAGGAGGAGGAAGAGGAGGAAGAGGAGGAGGAGGAGGAGGAGGAAGAGGAAUAAAUCUUCUGGCUACUUCGGUGCACCUUUACGGAUAUUAAGGAGAACAGCGUAUCUAAAAAAUUUCAAAGAAUGAUCGUUGCACAGUCUCGUUAACACUUUUCGAACAAAGAUCGAAGCGUAGUCAGUGGCCAAAUCGGUAGAAAUGCCUACAACGUCGACGUUUUCCAUCUACCGUUUUUCCGGCAACCGUCGGGCUCCUCUUCGAGAUUCAAACGUCAAAGUGGACCAGACGGAUGACGGAGGCUACAUUUUGUAGUAAAAACCAUUCUACUAUUGUCACUUGUACGGCUGCUACUGCUCUACUCUACUAUUAUCUAUUAUUAAACUACUACUACUUUUAUUGUUACUAUUGCUACUAC